AUGGCUCUCGCUGGAGUCUUCCCCAGGUUCCGCCACCUCGGCCCAUCCAUAGCUCGAAGCAGCCCAUGGAGCCCAAGAAUCCUCGCCACCGCCGCCACGAGGCCCUUGCAGGGGAGUGCAGAGAAGGAGGCUCGAGAGACUCAUAAGCAUAUCAAGGAUACGGCAUCGGAGGUGAAGAAGACGGCGGAGGAUGUGAGGGAGAAAGUCAAUGUGGCUGCUGAUAAGGUGAUCGAGAAAACCAUUGAAGCAACUGGCAAAGUGGUUGAUGCGGUACAAGAUGGAGGAGGGAAAACGAGGCAAACUGUGAAAGAUGCGUGGGGAUCGGCCAAAGAGACCGUCCAACAAGUUAAGGACAAGGUGGUCGGCAAGGCAGAAGAUAGCAAGGAGAGUAUCAAGGAUGGUGCUGAGACCCUCAAGCACUCCAUGAACACCAAAAAAUGAUUAAAUUCGUGGACUUCGGUGGUGUACUUCAAUCUCUCCGAGAGCUCCUAGAGCAUUUUUCUGUUUCCUUUUCCGCUGAAUCAUGUGUAAAUAAACUCCUAUGCAUCUACUAACCAUGCAUUUAUGGAUCUCAUGUUUUUGGUUUAACA